AUGCGUACCAUACUCUUAUCUGCAUUUGUUUACUCCACGAAUUUCACGGUCAGGGAAACAUUUGCGGAUGCGUAUGAUGAAACAGUACGUCCUCUUAUGGACAAAAUUGAUCAAGCACGAGCAUUACCAGCAACGAAUAGUCAUGGUGUUAUUUUGCCAAAUGUUGUUGUUGUUGGUGAUCAGUCUAGUGGUAAAUCAACAUUACUGGAAGCAUUAUCAUUAGUUGAACUUCCAAAAGGUACUGGUAUUGUUACUAGAUGUCCAUUAGUGUUAAGAUUACGUAAAUCCACUAAGCGAGUUGUGUACCGUGUAUAUGAAGGUAAUCGCAAAGUUCCGUUGGAUGAAGCAAACUUGAAUAUACCACGAUAUAUUGAAGAAGAAACCAAGCAGUUAGUCGGCAGUCAAAAGAAUUGUUACGCCCCGUAA